GAAUAUGGCGUCAACGGCAGACACAUCAUUGAAAUCUGUGACAAGACCUUUUCCUCGUUCUGAACGACGUUUGCAAAAAAAAUUACGUAGCACCGGACAGGAAUAUGUAUCAAGAACAGGAAAAAUUGUUCCAGCGAAAAAAGUACCAGAUUUUGAUACAGAUGUGCUCUGCACGUGUCCCCAAAAAUGUGAUGAGCGUGUAUCCAGAGAUGCUCGUGAACAACUAUUCAAUUAUUUUUAUGGUUUAGCCGAUUUUGAGAAACAGAAUGCAUUUUUACGUUUACAUUUAACAGUGCGAUCACGUCCACCUGACGAUGAUCCAUUUCGACAACAUCGACGUAUCACAUGUAAAUAUUUAUUGCCAAUUUUACCAGAGAAUAAUAAAAUUGAUGUUUGCCAAAAAGCGUUUGUAAAUGCAUUUGUAAUCACUGAGAAAAGGGUUCGUCGUGUUCGUGAGAAAAUGUUUGCACAAUUGGGCUUAACAACAUAUCAUCAUACGGAAAAACAGAAUCAACAGCAACAACAACAACAAUUGCAAUUACAACAAUUACAGCAAUUGCAAUUACUACAACAACAAUCAAAAAUUAAUGUAAUUCAUUUUCCAUUGAAUGGAAAACCUCCAGAUGGUAUACCAGAUGAGCCUGAGAGUUGUGAUAGUCCGGAACUACCAGAUCCAAGAGAUAAUCCACUGGUUCCAUGGGGUAUUGUUUUACCAGAAGGUGUUACAAUAGCUCCUGUAACCCAAACUGCUGAUCAUGUAAGAGAUAUUGCAAUUGUUAACAAUUUCUUUUCGAAUCAAUUAUGGAAACCAGAAUAUAUAACAUCAUAAAUUGUAAAUAUUGCAACAGUGUGUGUAUGUAAGUGCAUCAUCCCUUUCUCUAUCAUCAUUAAUCUGGGAAUUCAGAUGCUCCCAGAAUAAUUUUUAUAAUAAUUUUCGUAAAAUGGAAACGGGUAAAAAUAAUUUAUUGACUUAUUUUUUAAGAGUAUUUUGUAAGUGUAAACACAAAUCAGGGUUUAAAAUAUUCUUAAGAUGUUCAUUCCACGUUGAAGUAAAACAAUAAUUAAGUAGUAAAAAUUUUAUACGAAAUAUUUUUCAUACGUACUAAAUAAAUAUUCUUUUUAAGUAAUUUCAAACACAUUUUGCCUGGCUACUUAUAACAAAAAAAGGGCAAUAUUAUACGUAGACUAGCUUUAUCCACUUGUUCUUUUUGUACCAUGCAUUGGUGUAUACUCUUUACACUUAGUGUAGGUAGAAAAUGGUAGUCUUAUAACACUAAUAUAAUUAUCUAUCCUUUUCUACUUACAUUCAGCGUACUACUACACUGAGGUAAACAGAACAACUUUAAAUAUUAAAUAAAACCAAAUUCGAAAUCUUAUUCUGCAAAAUUUAAAGCUUACACAAUUUCAAAAAAUUUUGAUUUCGUGAAAAUCGCGUAAAAUUAUUUACGGAAACCAACAAAAUUCGUGAUACACUAGCCAGAAAUUAAUCUAUUCUAGAACACACAAAAUAUAGAGUCUCUAGUUUUAGUCUAUGUAUACAGGUGCCAAGAUCACUACAGACAAAAUAAUACUAACAUUUAUGUAUUCCUUGCGCUCAAUAAAAAUGCAACACUAUCUAUAUAUCAUAACAUUAUAUGUGAAUUACAUGUACUGUUACAGUAAUAUCACUUAGAGUGGUUCAACUUUUGCGUUUGUUUUGACUUAAAAGUGUACGUCGUAUCAAAAAGUUGUAAAGGAAAUUUUUGGAUAGAAAUUCGAUGUAGAAAUGAUGGUAUUAUUUUGUAUAUAGUUAUGUGGGCCCUUAUAUUGCCUUUGCUAAAAAGUAAUACGUAUUAAUUAUUUGUGAUUUU